UUAGCCUGAUUGGCUGCAAGGUAACAAUUGCCUGGCUUACACAGCGCCUGUCCUGACUGUGGCCUGAGCCUCCCACACUCCCACGUCAGCUAGGUACCAAUCGCCCGUGCCUGGUUUUAGAGACCAACCGGUGUACUCCGUACUCCGUAGACUAAUCCCUAUUACUACACAGUAUGUUAGGUAGUAGUCAUCUGUUGGUCGCUCUCCGGCGCGUAGAGGAGAGCCUCGGCUACCAGAGUUACCUAGGUAGAGUCACUGUAUCCAGUACUGUAGCAGAUAGGGAUGCGAGCUCGCAAUUGUCUGCGGAGCGGGCGCCUAACGGAAACCAGCAAACCGAAACCUGGCCAGUGACAACCAACCUUUUUGGAAGGGCUUCACGAAUGUACCGCUACAUAGUCCCGUCUCCAGACUCUGACGUUUCAGAGCACACUCUUCUCCUGCGAGUCACACUCAUUCUGUCUGCCAUCCUGCGACGGCCAUCGGAGCAAUGCCCAUGCUUGAUGCAGCGCUUACUGUGGUGUGCCCAUGCCGAUCCUGGUUCCAGCCAUCAUCAACAGGGCAACCCGAGAGAUGACCAACACGAGCAGUGGCUUCCUGCGGCUUCUGCGGCGCUUCGCGGUGGUUGGCCUGCCUUGCCGUUUUUGCGCUGCUCUCAUGCCCGUCGUGUGCAAUGGUGGCUGCGCAGCGAAUGCUUCUAGAAGGGCCAAGAUCGAAUCCUGGCUGUAAGCGGAUCCACGUCUUCUCGCGGAAGAAAUCCCACGUCGCGGGCGCCGUCGAUCGAAGCAGUUGGACUCACAGAUGCUGCCUGCCAUUCACCGACCAGACGGUCCUGCCGCCGGGAGAAGCAGCCAGAGGUGGAGGAGCGUUGCAAAUUUUUCUUCAUUCUCUUCUGUUCGACGUUUUGUCGUG